AUGUUGUCAAACGCAGUCCCAAUAUUCACAGUUUUUGCUGUACUGGCUGUACUUUUGGAUAGAUUAUUGCGCCUUAAACUUGAUCCUAGAGAGCCUCCUCUGAUUUCUCAGAAAAUUCCAAUACUGGGACAUUUGGCGGGAUUCCUGAAGUAUGGAAGCGAUUAUUAUCUACGUACUAGCGUCAAGUACAAAAAGCCGAUUUACACAUUUUCCAUGCCCAAUGGCAGGACAUAUGUUGUGAACUCGACUAAGCUGGUCACGGCAGUCCAACGAAAUGCUAAAACCAUCUCGUUCGAUCCUAUCUUGACUAUAGUAGCCCAACGCUUGGCUGGCAUUGGCGGCCCCUCACUUGAAUUACUGAGAGAGCUUGAAAGUGGAGGGGGAGGAGCUCACAGGAAACUUGUCCACUCCAUGUCACCAUCUCUUACCGGCCAUGGCUUGGAUCUGAUGAACAUACCAAUGCUUGCCAAUCUCCAGAAAUACACCGAUAAACUUGCAACACAAAAAGAUUCUUUUUCUCUCUGGAAAUGGACUCGCCGUGUUAUCUCGAUUGCUAGCACCGAUGCUGUAUAUGGCCCUGAGAAUCCAUAUACACGUGACAACUAUGAGGAAACAUUCUGGGCUUACGAAUCGAAACUUACGAUGCUAUUGCUUAAUGUGGUACCGCAAUUAACCGCCCGCCAGACUUACAAACGGCGGGAGUUCCUGGCCGAAAAAAUGAUUGACUAUUACCGUCGUGGAGCCUGGAAGAAGGCUUCUAUCAUGGCACAAACGCGUUGUCAGACGGGACUCGACAAUGGAGUCCCGAUUGAGGCCAUCGCUCGCCUGGAAGUCCCAGGUGGAACUGGUAUCUUGUCCAACACUGUACCAACUGCCUUCUGGACGCUGGCUAACAUUGUUUCCAACCCAACUCUGCUAUCAGACAUCCGGGCCGAAGUGGAGAAAGUCUUUAAAAUUGACUCCUCCAGCGGAAAAGAUGUUUGGACCCUCGACACUGCCGAAAUCCGAACACAGUGUCCCAUUCUCUUCUCCGCCUACCAGGAGACACUACGCACACGCGCAUCAUUUGCCUCUCCGCGUUUUGUUCUAGAAGACACCGUUCUUGACGACCGUUAUCUGCUCAAGAAGGGUGCAAUCCUCCAGAUCCCCAGCGCUGUCUUGCAUUACGAGACUUCUCAGUGGGGUGAUGAGGCAAAGGAAUUUGAUCCCUACCGUUUCACUAAGAAGAGUGAGAUCAAGCGCUCACCGGUUGCGUUCCGUGCUUUUGGUGGUGCGCCCGCCCUCUGUCCUGGGCGACACUUUGCUACUGUCGAGGUUAUGUGUUUUGUUGGCAUGAUUAUUGUGAGGUACGAUGUUGAGCCCGAUAGUGGCGAGUGGAAGUUCCCCGAGCCUAACUACAGCAAUGUUGCGGCGAGUAUUUUGCCGCCGUUGGGGGAUAUUGACGUGAAGGUGCGGUUGAGGAAGGGGUAUGAGGAUCGUAGUUGGGCUUAUAAGGUCACAACUACGAGUGAGGAAAAGAGUUUAUUUGCAUUGGCAUCGGAAUAG